UUAUUAUUUCUAGCAAUUAUUGCAAAUUUACACUUUCAGUUAUACGAAAGUAUCCAACGAAUGCAGAGCGCAUAUUGAGUGAUUUCAGUUUUGUGGCGAAAGAACGUGUGAAAAUGACUAAAAAUUUUCCUUUGUAAUGCAUAAGAGACUGCGAAGAUUAUAGUACAGAAUAAGUGAAGUGCUAAAUGUUGUAGAUUGCUGAUGAUUGAAUAACUUUUACAGUAGUGAAGAGCGCGUGGAAAAACGCAUGGCAGAAGAACACUUUGAAGAAGCGUUGCAUAAAGAACAUAUUUUAGAAAAGAAAGAAAAAAAAAUUAUGAUAAAAAUAUUGUACGUGCUUUAUAAGACACUAUAAAGAGACAAUAAAUUUUAAAACCACUACAAAAACAAUAUACAACAACAAAUUAGCGACAAAUUGUGUUUGAGUAAAAUUACGCAAAUCCAAAGUUGGCGAAAAGCGAAUUUUCAUAAUUUAUCGCUGCAUAAAAAACGCGCAACACGUAGUCUAAGCAGAGAAGAAAAAAAUAAAAAGAAGAAGAAAAAAAGAACUAAUAAAAAAUUAAAUGAAUUGCUGCAUAUAUUUUAAUGAUUUUUAAUGCUGACGUACACUGUUUAGAGCAGCGUUUAAAUAAAGAAAAUUAAUUAAAAAUAGACAAUUGACUAAAACUGGAGGCGUGAGAAACGAAAAUACUAAGCAAUAAAAAUUAAAACAUCAUCAUAAAGAACAAAAAAAUAAUUUAAAAAUUAAAUAAACAAAUUAUUUAAGUUCUGAAAUUAAAAAAAAAAAAAUAAAAAAAAUUUAAAAAAAUUAGAACUUAAAAAAAUCUCAACAAAUUCCUACAAACAAUUUAUAGCACAAAUCUGAGUGCCAGCACUUGUGACGAAGCCAACCGCAAUAAAUACGGGAGGACAAAAUAGACACAAGCCUAUAGUGAGUGCGCGCUCGCUCUCAACAUUUCAAGCACACAACUCAAAAAUAAGAGAAAGCAAAAAAAAAAAAAACAAAAAAAAAAAGAAUUCUUCGAUACGUAAAUUUCGACCAACGCGAACGGUGUGAAGUAUUUUCAAAUUCUUGCAUCAUUUUCUGACGCUGCGCGAAAGACGUCAUCGUACUAUUGCAUAUCUGCUCCAUGCUGCUGGAGCGCGCCACUACGUUACGUAUAGAGAAAAAUAUUUAAAGACAAAAGACAGAAAGAAAAAAAGGCCAAAAGGCCCGAAAAGAAAACGCAAAGCAAGAAAAGUGUGAAAACGGGUGUGCGAACACGCGAAAAUACUUUUGUGUAUAACUGAAAUUCUGUUCGCCAAGGCCUGGCAGCAACCAGUGCGCGCCACACACACAGUUAUUUCAUUAAAAAAUAUACAUAUAUAUAUAUGUAAAUAUACAUAUAUAUACAAGUAUUUACCGAGCUCAUUGCUGCGUUUGCGAACUUUGCCGAACACUGAUUUGUGUGCCGCACCGCACAACCGCCCCCAACCAUCCGCUUGCCGGUACGGCCUUGUUCAUCCGCUUUGGUUGACAAUUUUUCCCGGCAUCCGCUGUCUGUUGGCAGCGUCCAACACGCUUUUCUUUUGCAGCCAUAGUCUUCGUUCGAGCGCUUCGGGUGCGACACACACACACAUACACUCGCAUAUCAAAUAGGAAUUUGACUAUCGUUUGUGCCUUCGGCAGCCUUCAAAGCAUCCGAAUCAACAACGGCAACAUUAUCGUCGGCAUCAUAGACGUCUGCAGGCGCCAAAUUCUCGAUUCACAUCGAGGUAUAAUCGUACGUGUGGCUGCGAAAGGCGAACAGUCUGCUGAAAUCCGUUGUCGUCGUCGUUCGCUCGUAGUCGAAAUUUGCGGCGAAAUAAUUUGUAAAAUCCGUUAUCCGUCCAUGCCAUGCGCGAUAAAAUCACACAACUAUUUUGCUUGCAAACGAACGCAUGCAAAAAUAAUACAACAGAUAAUCGAGGACAUAAUGUGCCAAUUAAAGUCACGAGCAACGGGACAACGAGUGCCAAUGGGUCUUUUGGGGCAGAAGGGCCCGAAACAGAGACCGACUCAUCAGGGACCGGGGGGAUGCGGAAGUCGUUGGAGAGGAAGGGCUCAGCGCCGAACGACGCUGUUCACCUCCAGAGACGGGUGGGACUCUUCAGUGGGGUGGCUUUAAUUGUCGGGACCAUGAUAGGGUCUGGAAUAUUUGUGUCACCUUCAGGUCUACUAGUUCGUACUGGUUCCGUUGGUGUUAGCUUUAUUAUAUGGCUGGCCUGUGGUUUGCUCUCCUUGUUGGGCGCUCUGGCAUAUGCUGAAUUGGGUACGAUGAACACAUCGUCUGGCGCUGAGUGGGCAUAUUUUAUGGACGCAUUUGGUCCGGCUCCCGCAUUUUUAUUCUCAUGGGUAUCGACAUUGGUCCUGAAGCCAUCGCAAAUGGCUAUAAUUUGUCUCUCCUUUGCGCAGUAUGCAGUUGAGGCAUUCGUUAGCGAAUGCGAUCCACCAACAUCGGUGGUGAAAAUGGUUGCACUGCUGGCAAUUGUUAUGAUACUGUUCGUGAAUUGUUAUAGUGUGAAUCUGGGCAUGGCUGUGCAGAAUAUAUUCACCGCUGCCAAAUUGGUUGCCGUCCUCAUAGUGAUCUGCGGCGGCGCCUGGAAACUAUUCCAAGGCAACACACAACACCUGUCGAAUGCAUUUAGUGGCGAGACACCCACCUUGGGAGCUGUAGCGACCGCAUUUUACACUGGUCUCUGGGCGUACGAUGGCUGGAACAAUUUGAACUAUGUCACCGAGGAAAUCAAGAAUCCCAGCAAGAAUUUGCCACGUUCCAUCAUGAUCGGCAUACCGUUGGUGACGCUGUGCUACGCACUCAUCAAUAUCUCAUAUUUGGCGGCGAUGUCACCCACCGAAAUGAUUGACUCAGAAGCUGUGGCCGUAACCUUCGGUAAUCGCAUAUUGGGCGCCAUGGCUUGGCUCAUGCCGCUCAGUGUGACAGUGAGCACUUUUGGUAGCGCCAAUGGUACACUCUUCGCGGCGGGACGUUUGUGCUUUGCUGCGAGCCGUGAGGGUCAUCUGAUGGAUAUACUGUCUUACGUGCAUGUUCGUCGUCUAACACCAGCACCAGGAUUGAUUUUCCAUUCGCUCAUCGCCACCGCUAUGGUAUUGUACGGCACAAUCGGCUCACUGAUCGAUUUCUUCAGCUUCACCGCUUGGAUUUUCUAUGGUGGUGCUAUGUUGGCGCUGAUUGUGAUGCGUUUCACCAAACCCAACUAUCCAAGGCCAUACAAAGUGCCUAUCAUCAUUCCUGUUGUGGUGCUGGUGAUCUCAAUCUAUCUAGUGGUGGCGCCGAUUAUCGAUACACCACGCAUCGAAUAUCUAUAUGCGUUCCUCUUCAUCUUGGGCGGCCUAAUAUUCUAUGUGCCAUUCGUUAAACUGGGCAUGACACCAAGAUUUAUGAACAAAGUGACGCUCUUCUUCCAGCUGCUGUUGGAAGUGGUGCCCACAUCAUCGAUGUUCGAAUAAGCAAUUGAGAAUCAAUUUUAAUAAUACCGGCUGAGACAAAAACAAAAUAUUAAAAAAACUGCAAAAAAAAUAUAAAAUUUAUCAUUCAAUGAAAAGUAAAGGAGAGACUAUCUAUUCAGGAUCUGAGAGAAUAAUGUACGUACGAAAUAGGUUAACUGUUUAAACUACAUAAUAUUAGCAGAGAAGUAGACACAAAUAUUCAGCUAUGAAACGUGUUGUAGCAUAUAAAGUUAAGUAAUUAAAAAAAAACAAUAAUAUAAAAAAAUUAA